GGGGGCAACGACGAGGCGAAGGGUCUCGAUUGCAUUGGACUGUGGACGAAGACUCUUAAGAGAGGAGGCAUAUGCAGACCUGUUCGACCUAGAGCUAGUUUCAUCACUUCCAUCCGGGAAGCCCGUACCAAGGACCAACUACUACCGCUUCUUGGAAAUUGAAUCUUUGCUGGUUAUAUCCAAUACCUGACUACUAUCGUUUCGUGGAACAACGCCUCCUUGAGGUCGCACGAAAUUUAUUCUUCUUCUUCUUCUUCUUCUUCUUCUCGUUGCACCGAACCACUGUCCCACCUGUCAAUCAGAAAAGGCACAUCAUGUUUGGCGCAGCUCUCCGACCCCUCCUUACACCCUCUUCCAACCUUUAUCGAACAGCCGUCCGAAAUAACCUCGUCAAGCCUACUUGUCUGCCUGUGGCUCAGAGGUUCACCUCUGUCAGGUUCGCGUCAUCCGGUCCUCGAUUCUCGGAUGACCACGAGUGGAUCACGGUCGAUGAAAACAAUAUCGGAACUGUAGGCAUCACAGACUACGCUCAAAAGGCAUUAGGCGAUGUCGUUUACGUCGAAGUCGCUGCGCCAGGAGACACCCUCGAGCAAGGAGGCUUUAUGGGCUCCGUUGAAUCCGUCAAGGCAGCAUCAGACAUCUAUAGCCCAGUUUCUGGAACUCUCGCUUCAGUCAACGAAGCUCUGAAGGACCAGCCAAGUCUGUUGAACAAGGAUCCUAUGGGAAAGGGAUGGGUCUGCAAAAUUCAGCUAUCUGACCCAGCUCAAGUCGAGACACUCAUGGACGAUGCGGGCUACAAGGCUUUCUGCGAGUCGGAUCCCGGCAAGGACGAGUAAAGAAGGAAUAAAAUCAGAGUCUCAGAACAGGCGAUUCAACAGGAUGUACAGUUGUCUGCUGCAGCGGAUUCA